AUGGAGUCAGAGGAGUUAAUGCCCAUUGCCAUAGUCGGCAUGUCGUGCCGCCUACCUGGCGACGUGUCUUCGCCGGGAGACUUCUGGAAGCUGCUAACCAAGGGACGCAGCGCGUGGUCUAAGAUACCUCGAGAUCGAUUCAACCAGGAGGCUUAUAAUCAUCCCAAUCCAGAGAAGAAGGGUACUAUCAACUCGCAAGGAGGGUAUUUCUUAUCCCAGAACCUUGAGAUGUUCGACCCUGGCUUCUUUGAUAUGACGCGCAAGGAAGCUGAGACAAUGGAUCCCACACAGCGUCUCCUCCUCGAAUGUUCGUACGAGGCCCUCGAGAAUGCUGGCAUUCCUAAGGAGUCUAUCUCGGGUCGGAAAGUUGGUGUCUUCAUUGGCGGCCCCGACAAUGAACAUAGAAUGGGAAAUCUCAGGGAUCUAGAUGAUUCGCCAAUGUUCGAUCCCACCGGUAGCCAAGGGGCAUUCCUUGCUGGGCGAAUAUCAUACUUCUUCAACUUAUGCGGGCCUACAUUUACCGUUGACACGGCUUGCUCAUCCAGCAUGCAUGCGCUGCACAUGGCUGUUCAGAGCAUACGGUUGGGGGAGUCCGAACAAGCUAUAGUCGGGGCUUCUCAUUUGAUCACACAACCCGAUGUCUGGGUAUCCAUGGCAAAAUUAAGAUUGUUUGCGGACUCGGGGAAGACGUACGCGUUUGACCAUCGCGCAAAGUCCGGAUACGCAAGAGGCGAGGGAGCAGGGUGCCUUAUCCUCAAGCCCUUACAUAAAGCUCUAGAGGAUAGAGACUACAUAAGGGCCGUCAUUUCCCAUACGGGAAUUAGCCACAACGGCCGAACCGUCGGCAUUGUAGCACCCAGCUCGGAAGAGCAGGAAUCGUUACUACGUAAUGUUCUCUCACAAGCCAAAAUUGAUCCUAAGGAUGUCGGAUUCUUCGAGGCUCAUGGGACAGGUACCAAGGUCGGGGACCCUAUUGAAGCCAGAGGUAUCUAUAAAGCACUUGGUCAAAGCCUAGAUAGCAGUGAACCGUUAACUAUCGGAUCGGUUAAAUCCAAUAUUGGCCACCUCGAAAACGCUAGUGGUGUUAUAUCCGUCAUGAAGGCCGCGCUCAUGCUAGAAAAGGGGUUUAUCGUACCAAACGCCGACUUUGAGAAGGAAAACCCAGCUAUCCCAUUAUCGGAAUGGAACUUGAAACUCCCACAAAGGCAGCAGCCGUUCCCUCGAAACAAGGAGUAUAUCUGUGUCAACAACUUCGGUUAUAGCGGGUCGAACGGACACGCAAUUCUUAAAGCCUUACCAGCAGAGAAUGAAAUCGAAUUCCUGGAUCCCGAAAAGUUUGAAGGCCAUAUUAAGAUGAAGCGUUUAUUCAUAUUGAGCGCCAAUGACGAGGCGGCCGCGAGAAAAAGUAUGGAACAGCUAGGAAUUUUCCUCGAACAGCAUGCCGAGCUUUAUCAAAGCACCAUGCCUCGGAAUUUGGCAUACACGUUAUGCCAGCGGCGUUCACAACUGCCAUGGCGCAUAGCUCUGGUGGCCGAUAUGUGCAGCAAAUUAGCAAUAGCCCUCAAUAGCCCUGAAGUAAUACCAAAGCGCGCGCCUACCAAGUCGCCAAAACUAGCUUUCGUAUUUACGGGGCAAGGGGCGCAAUGGUUUGCUAUGGGUCGAGAGCUACUGGAGUCUCAUUCUGUAUUCGCGUCCGCUAUUCAACGAGCAGAUAAGCAUCUUCUGUCCGUUGGUGCUGAUUUCUCGCUGAUGGAGGAGCUGACCCGAGAUGAAGAUAAUUCUCGUGUAGGUAUGGCUCAUAUCAGUCAACCGAUUUGCAGUGCCAUCCAGAUCGGACUGGUCGACCUCCUAGCAUCGUGGGGGAUUAAGCCUUCUGCAGUUACGGGCCAUUCAAGCGGAGAGAUUGGCGCCGCAUAUGCAGCCGGGGCUCUAACACUUGAGGCGGCAAUGUCGGCAGCGUAUUAUCGUGGCCAAGCUAUCAUUGCUUUAAAGGAGAACUUUCCAGAUGUGAAAGGCUCAAUGAUGGCGGUGGGUAUGGGAGCAAACGAGCUACAGCCCCUUUUUAAACAGCUACGGCAUCCGCUUCAGGCGGUGGCAGCUUGCGAAAAUUCUCCCGUCUCGACAACUGUCUCGGGCGACACCGAGGCUAUCGAUGAACUUUGUGAUAUUAUGACAAGAAAGCAAAUCUUCAACCGCAAGCUCUUCAUUGAUGUUGCUUACCAUAGUCCGCAUAUGGAAUUGAUAGGCGAGAUAUACCACAAUAUGAUCGCAGACGUUGAGCUGAGUAAAACGAAUGAAGACGUGGAGUUCUUUUCUUCUCUUCGUUCCCGCAAGGUUAACAUGGACGAGCUUGGUCCGCAGUACUGGGUAGAGAACUUGACCAACCCAGUACGCUUUACGACUGCAUUGCGUGUGCUCUGCGAGGAGAGCGAUCCAGAUGUUCUCAUCGAGAUUGGUCCGCAUGCAGCGCUCAAAGGUCCAAUUAUGCAGACUUUAAAGACAAUGCAGCUGUCAGCUUCUAAGACCCCAUCAUAUAUCCCGACUCUUAUACGAGGUCGUGAUGCUACCGAGACGACCCUAGAGCUCGCCGGCCAGCUCUUCGUGCGCGGUUAUGAAGGUAUUGAUUUCUUCAAUAUCAACCAUAACCGCUCCGAGAUCGAGAAGCCUGAUAUUAUCUCCUUCCUCUAUACAUAUCCGUGGUCACACCAGCGCUGCUGGUAUGAGAGCCGAAUCACGCGACAACAUCGACUUAAACCGUUUGCACGGCAUGAUCUGAUUGGGACGCUGGCUGACUGGAGCAGCGACUUAGAGCCAACAUGGCGCAAUUUCAUACGGUUAGAGGAGCUGCCAUGGCUACGUGAGUACCAAAUCCAGGACCGCCCCGUAUUUCCCGUCUCAGCCUUCAUCUCUAUGGUUGUGGAGGCGGCCGGUCAGCGAGCAGCACUCAAGGGUUUCGAGGCAGGUAGUUUCGAUCUGCGUGAUAUAUCCAUCCCAGAACAACUAUUUCUAGCGGAUGAUGAGCCGGUUGAACUCUUACUAGUAUUUAGGCCACAUGGAAUGUCUAAACUCGACUGGGACGAAUUUCGGAUUUCCAGUUUUAACCCAAAACGAGGAUGGCUAGAACAUUGUCAUGGUCUCGUUGAAGCAAAACCUCUGCAAAGCCAUAUUGAAGUGGCUGCUUGUUCCAAUUCGUACUUCAACGUUCAACCGCAAAAGAAUCAGUUGUCAAUACCCGCAACGGGCUUCUAUUUUAACUUGAGUUCCGGAGGUAUCCGCUAUCCGCAUACUUUUUGGAACUUAGUGAAUGUUAAUAUGGACAAGUCCGGGGUUAGCGCUCAAGGUACCCUCCAGGACUCAAAGCUCAUCAUGCCAUUGGCGUACGAAUCCUCGUAUUUGACCCAUCCCGCUACGAUAGAACCCCUUUUUCAGAUAUCGCAAGCCGAGUUGGGAUUCGAUGGAUUCGAUGGAAUGACAAGUCCACAAUUGCCAUCUACCAUCAAACAGGUGCGUAUCGAUAUCAGCGACGAUUGGGAGAGGACCCCUGGAUCCAAGUUCAUCGUUCAGUCGACGAGAAACGGAGAAUCCGGACCACUAUUGGCCGAGCUGUUUGCGCCAGCGGAUAGUGAGUUCCCUUCCGUCUCUAUACUGGGAUUGGAGCUCACUCCGCUCAAGACUGUAAUAUGCAAACCACCCAACCCUAGAGAACUAUGCUACAAGAUCCAAUGGGAGCAGGCUGAGGAACGUCAUGCUAAUGGUGUGAGCCAUGCACACCUUCAGUCCCACGGGGAGCGUGUGACGGUUGUGACAGAGCGUACCCAAGACGAUACACUUGUGGCUUCACUAUGCGAUGUUAUCAAGUUACACUCCGGGAUUAUCCCGAAUAUUUCAAGCCUGCUUCAUGUUAGGGAUUUUAGUGGCUUCUUCGUGGUUCUCUCAGAGCUUGAUCGUCCCGUCCUAGCCUCAGUAAACAAGACCGAAUUCGAGCAAAUCCAAUCCCUUUUAAUACGAGCAGGUGGCAUAUUAUGGGUGACUUGUGGCGCAUCAAAAGUGCCUACGAACCCAAGCACGAAUAUGGCAUUAGGUCUACUUCGUACAGCACGCUCCGAGCUUGGUAAAAUUGCCGUCACCUUAGACCUCGACCCGGACAGCACCCUAGAUAUCGAGGGCCAGGCUGAACUAAUUGAGGAUGCUUUUAGGCGAACCGUUCUUGCAGACAGUCCCGAGGCUGAGGUUGAAUUCGCGGAGCAAGGCGGAGACUUAGUCGUGCCGCGUUUUAUUGUCGAUGACGAUAUGAACUUACGAGUUCACCGCGAGCUAGGAAAUUCCGAGCCGUAUUUACAAGAAUUCCGUCAACCUGGACGUUCGUUACGAGUGGCUACACACACUGGGGAUUCCUUCGACAAUCUACACUUUGAAGACGCCAUAAGCAGCAAGGUUUUGGAUGACGAUCAAGUCGAGGUUGAGAUUAAAGCCAGCGGACUUAGCCAGGAUGAUGUUAUCGUGCACGCUGGCAUAAAUGGGUCUGCAAGGCCUGAAAGAUCAUGCAGCGGCGUCGUCGUUCGUGCUGGGCGCAAUGUUAUCGACAUUAGUGUUGGAGAUUUGGUCUGUGUCCUGAGCAAUGACCGGAUGGGUACGCACACCCGCGUUGCAGCAAGUAGUGUCGUUAGGAUUCCUCAGGGCAUAAGCUUUGAGGACGCAGCAAUAAUCCCAUCUACAUUUGGUGCGGCCUUUUACGGACUCUCUCAAGUCGCACGCGUUCGAAAAUCAGACCGCGUGCUUAUCCAAAUAAGCAGCUCUGAGGGGCUUGCUGCAAUACAAGUUGCGCAUUACCUUGGUGCCGAUGUGUUUGUUGCGGUCCAUGGUAGUGAACGAAGAGAUUUUGUUGCAAAAUCUUUUGGUAUCAGGCCGGAGAACAUUUUCGAUACAACAAGCCUCUAUUUCGAUCGUGAAGUACGAGAUGCUUCCAGUGGGAUUGGUAUGGAUGUCGUCUUCACUAGUUCGUCCACUUUCCCAGCUGUGACUCAGAAUCUGAGCAGGGUAUGGGAAAAUACUGCACAGUUCGGACGUAUUAUCCAUAUGCAGGGGACACUUCAUGCUCGUAUUGGCAGUUGGAAUACCAGAGUUGACCUCGCUGAGAACGUGAGCUUCACGUCAAUCAAUCUAGUGGAACUAACAGUUACACGCCCGCGUCUCAUGAGAGACAUCCUUAGAGACGUGCUAGAUUGCUUCUCCAGAGGUAUCUUCAAGCCACUAAAGAAAAUGGUUACAUUGCGAAUCACAGAGUUGAGUCGGGGCUUGCGAAUGAUUCAACAAGGCACCUUACAUCCUAUUGUCAUUUCUGCUCGGAAUAGUGAGAAGGUAAUGGCAAUGCACUAUGCUUCAAGGCGUUUCUUGAAUCCCGAUGGGACUCACGUCAUAGUUGGCGGUACUGGUGGUUUAGGGCGAAGUACAGCUAGAUGGAUGGUAGAACACGGUGCUCGAAACAUCGUAUUGCUAUCGAGAAGUGGAGGGAAUGUUGGUGAACUGCGACAACUUAUUGAUGAUACUCAAGACAAGGCCAGUAUCGUCGUGAAGACAUGUGACAUUGCUAGCGAGGACGAUGUUUACCAGAUUGUAAAGGAAUGCACUGAGACACUCCCGCCGAUAUGCGGUGUGAUCCAUGCUGCUAUGAUGCUCCACGACGGGUUGAUCGAAGGCAUGACCCACGACUCGUACGUGUCGGCGAUUCGUGCCAAAGUUAAGGGGACUUGGAAUAUCCACAACGCACUCGAGUCUAUUAACGCACGUUUGGACUAUUUUGUCCUCUUGUCAAGUGCUGCAGGCAUUGUCGGUAGCCGUGGUCAAGCCGCAUAUGCUGCUGCCAACACAUUUCUGGAUGGGUUUGCCUCAUGCAGGGUAGCACAAGGCCUGCCAGGAGUAUCCCUUGACCUUACAGCUGUGACGGGCGCUGGCUACAUUUCCCAAAACUCGGCGCGAGAGGAAGAGAUUACCAAGAACUUUGGUGGACAGUCCAUUUCCGAAGCUGAAGUAUUAGGGCUUCUGGCGGUCGCUACAUCCAGUAAAUGCGGCGCGCAGUGCCUGACGGGCUUGAAGCUUGUUCCAAGUAAUACAAAUGCUCUACCUUACUAUGCAGACGACCCACGAUUCGCACACCUUAAAGCGGCAGCAGUAGCGGAGAUACGAGCUGCGGGUAGCGAUUCUGGACAGGUCAUCUCGUACAGGAACGUAUUCCGCGCUGCAGCCAACAAUGAGGAGGCCCGCCAAAUUGCCGUACAGGGGGUGCUGCAGAAACUAUCCGAGGUACUGUCCGUGGCACACGACGAUGUGGAUGCUCUGCGGAGUAUGGCAUCGUAUGGUCUAGAUUCUCUGACUGCUAUUGAAGUGCGCAAUUGGAUUACCAGGGAACUUGGCGCAACCCUGGAGAUUCUAGAGUUGCUGACGAGUGCAAACGUGACGGAAUUGGCGAACCUGAUUGUUUCGCGGACUAGAACAUAAAGACAUGUUUUUGCUGGAUACGUGGCAUUAGUCUACCAUGGUAUGGUAGAAUAAAUCAAGUUUAAGUAUAAUGAAAGAAUCUAUUCAAAUAUAAUAGCGAGAGACAAAUUUGUGGACUGCGACUAA